AUGCAUUCCCUAAACGAUACGAUGAACUUACAAAAAAUCGCUAAAUUCAUUUACCAGCAAAAUGUUCUUCAAUUUUCGAAAGAAAUUGUUACGAAAAUACAUGCUAUCAAAUCACAAAUCAAAAAAGAAGGUAUAGAAAUACUAUAUCAAAUAGCGAAAGACUUGAAUCUAAACAUUGAUGAUAAAAAAAUGUUAAUCGAUGAAAGAUUUUUAAUGUCUGUAAAGAGAAACCCUGAUUUAUUAUUUAAUAAAGAGCUUUGCAUAGAUGCAUUUAAUGAAUAUGUUGCAUUCGCUCCUUAUCAAUUUGAAACAAAAUCCUCAAAAGAAAUCGAAUUUGGAAUCGGAAACAUAUCGAAAUUUAACCUUUUUACCUAUGCUGCAUCAAAUGAUCAACGAUCUCUGUACGUUAAACUAGCAAAUUCGACAAUAUUAGCUCAUAUCCUUUAUACACUACUUAUAGCAAGACCAUUAAUUAUUAAAACUAACGAUACCCAACGAUUUUUAAAUAUGGCAGCUAAAUUGACAUGUUUUAUACCGAAUUUUAAAAUUUCGAAUGUAAUAAUACGAGAUACUGUAAAUCCUGUAGAAUUAUCUGAAGGUAUGAUAUGUAUCGCCAAAGAUGUUGAAUACGAUAACAUAGAAAAUGUUUCUAUCCUUUCUAUUGAUCAGAAUUUUUAUGAAGGAGUGAUGGCAGAGAAAGAUUCUGUGAUUAUGGACUUCUCAAGGCUGGAGCCUGCUCAGUCAAGCCCGUAUUUCCUAUUUACAGCUUAUUUCAAAGCCCAUCAACUUUUUAACAAAAUUGAAUUAUGUAUUAGCAAAACUGAUAAAGAAAAUAAGUCUGAAUAUAAUAUCUAUAAGUCUUUGAUCAACAUAGGAAUCAAAAGAUGCGAUUACCACUUAGUUUCGAAGUGGUUCCGGCUUCUGGGUUAUAAUGAUGAAUCAGAACUAUUAUUGAGGCAUGCACCUCCAAUUCAAAAAGGUGCCUGCUUCUUCUGA